CUCAGACCCUUCCCUCCUUAACCAACGAAACUCUCGGCGUCCAUCUCGACUUCAAAACUUCAACAUUUCUCCCAUCAAAUUAGGGUUUCUGACAUCUAUUUCUCUCCGGUUUCUCUUCUCUCCCUCGUUGUCCGACAAAGUUGCAACCUUUUUGGGGGAAGAGAAUCCGAUGAAAUUCUGGGUCACACGUUUCUUUCUGUGUUUCCAGACAUAAUUUUACGAUUUCAAUUUCAUGGAAUGAUCACUAUAAACAGAAAGAGAUGGAAAUCAAAUUUGAUUAAAUCCGAGAUUCCAAAUAAUGGGUCGAUUUUGUUUUAACUUUCUGAGGGAGGAGAAGGAAGAAAACGAUGGAGGCUUCUGGUUUCUCUGAUUGAAACGCGAUACUUUGAGGGGCCUGGAAUUGCAGGGAGAAGUGGGGUGUAACGGAGGAAGGUAUGGAAGAAUUUUUUGUAAUCGAUGAACCAGUUGAGUUCGGAGAAAUCAAUGAGGAUUUGGAGUUUGACGCGCCUCAGUUCUAUGAUUUCACUCGGCCGGAAACGGAUUGGGAAGCUGCAGAGGCACAACUCUGGUUCAUGUCUGCCGGAAGUAAUCCGCCUUCACCAUUUGCAUUAAAGUUAAAGCAGAGAACUGUUAUUGCUGGGGAAUCUGCACGCCCUUCUUCUAGAGACGACGGGGACUGUGAAAGUAUGACUACUUCUAGUAGUAACGGUUCAGAGAUCAGCCAUGAAUCUGAAGUUUCUGCACUUGAUUAUGGUGAAAGUGCAGGCAGUCACAUGGAUGAAGAUAAUACUAAGGCUAAAACCAAGUCACAGGUCAAGCCAUGUAUGUCAAGGAAUUCAACUUUGAUGAAACCCACAGCAAGUCACUUGGCCAAGCAAAAUCAAUCUCCUGAAGUACAUUCCAGACAACAACUGAGAAGGUUUAAGAAGUUGUUAGUCAUGUUUGAUGACAAGAGUUCAAAGAGUUCUGUAAUUGACGGCCAUGCUCCUAAAAGACAAAAGUUGGAAGCUGGUUACUUGAGAAAGGUUACUCAUAUGAAGCAUCGAGUUAGUUUUGUACAUAAGACACCAAAAAAGGUUGGGUCCUAUGAGAGUAGACAUAGAGUUACAGUUCCUAGAGAACCAGAACUAGAAACCGCACGAAGGGCGCAGCAACGUAGUUCUAAAGUUAAGGAAGAAUCAAAUGGAGAUCCAAAACCAAAUGGUCGAGUCUUUAAAGCACAGCCCUUAAACAGAAAAAUUCUUGAGGCUCCUUUAUCACUCCUUCCCAAGAGGUGCCAGCCACCACUGCCACGGUUUCAGGAGUUUCACUUGAGGACAUCAGAGAGAGCCAAGCAACAUGUCUUGAAUAAAACAACAAAACUACCUAACUAUGUUUCUACUUCACGAAAUGAAGCCAAAGACUGUAAAAGAUUAUACUCUUGCAAUGCUUUGAAGGGGAGAGAUGAUGGUGGUCAUGAAGCUUGUCCUCUUAGUAAGAAGAAACUUUCAGGUAAAGGAGAAAAUGAUGUCUUCCAGAAUGUCCCCAUGGGGCCCAAGUCACCAGCAGAGAUGAGGCAUCCAGAUGAGCCACCGACAGAGUUAUUUAACAAGCUUUCCCUGUCAUCUGAUGUCCAACCUGACAUGAAAAUACAAUCAAGAAAGGCUGUCACGAAAAAGGGAUCAAAGGAGAAUGCACCAGUUUUAGUCCUACAACAUGAGAUUGUGAUUCUGGAAAAAGAGAAUUUACAGAGGAUUGGUGGGAUGCAACAUCGAUGUAGGAAUGAAAGCACUAAAGAAAUUCGACCAAGACUAAAUAUUAACAGGUCACAUUCUUCAAUUCUACAAUGUAAUGGUGCUACAAUGUAAUGUAAUGCUGCUGUGUGAAUAUUCAGGGAUUUGGACCUUUAAGCAUGAAGAGAUGAUAUUUCUACAUUUAUAUGACAGGUGACCCUUUAAUUAAGAUUAAGAUGAGGAAUUUAAGUACAUCAAAAAAGAGACGAGGAAUCUACCAGGGACGUUAUUUUCAAUCCGCUGGUAGCACAAAGAGGCUGCAAAAUGAUGGACGCUAUUUAGAAGACGAUUAAUGUUAUCAUACAGCACCUGUGGAGCAUGGAAAUGUGGAAUGGAAUAGGGCUGAAAAUCUUCAGUACAAAAUAUGGAACCAUGCUUCAGGAAAAAUUUUGGUGAGAGGAUAUGUAAUGCGUAUGGACACUUUUAAUGGCGGAUUGCCUCUUCUUGAUGGGAAAGUUUUGGUUAACAGCAACGUACAGUAUGUCUUCAAGAUUUUUAGUUCUGUUGAAUUUGAACCUUAAAAUAACUCGUACUAAGAAGAAUAAUGGCAGAAAACCUUA